AUGGCAAACCUACUUGUUGGAUUAACAUCUCUAGGGGUGUUUGACAAGGUGACCCUAUUUCCCCUGCUGUUCCUCUUAGCCACUCAAAACCUCUCUGCCAUCCUCAACCAUGCCCUUUAUACAAAUUUGUUGUCGAGUUUUGAUCCUAACCUUCCUAGGAAUAUUAAUCACCUUAUGUUUGCUGAUGAUUUGAUCCUGGUUACUAAAGCUUCUAGACGUUCUGCCAGGAACAUGCUGUUCUGUCUCAACUUGUAUGCUUCCAUCUCUGGUCAACAUCCCAACCUUCUCAAAUCUGCUAUUUACUUUCCAAGCUGGUUUAAUAAGAGAGUUUCCAAAUCUAUUGCUUCAAUUUUGGGCAUGAAACUUGGAAAUUUUCCUUUCACUUACUUGGGAGCUCCUAUGUCUCCUUCUCGCCUCCCUGCUAGACAUUUCCGACCUUUGAUUGACAACACUGUCUCUGUCAUUAAUAAUUGGAACCAUACUCAUAUCUCUAAAGCUGGCCAUAUCAUUCUCAUUAACUCCAAUAUCUUUGCUCUUCCUGUCUACUUUCUCUCUAACUUUUUCCUCCCAGAUCUGAUCCAGGACUCCAUUUCUAUGCUUGCUCGGUCUUUUCUAUGGGAUAGGAAUGCAGGAAUUGUGGCUUUCACUCCAUUGGGUGAGGAAGCUUGUAGUUGGGCUGGCUGGAAUCAUAUUUGGAAGUUUAUGGUUAUCCCUCGGGUCAAGGUUUUCCUUUGGAAGGUUGCUCAUGGCAAACUACCUAAUGGUGCCUACCUUUAUAAUCUUAACCUGAGGCCUGUUUCUAUCUGCCAUUUCUGUCGGUUACACUCUGAAACUAUUGAGCACCUCCUUUGGGUGAUUAUGGCUUCAGUUGCUUGGUUAAUUUGGACCUCGCAUUGCAACUUCAUUUUCCAGCAACUUGAGCCUAACUUUCAGGUGAUGCUGGGGGCUCUUGCUCCUCCCCCUAGAAGCUGA